AUGGCAUUGAAGAAGGAAGGUGGGGGAGAAGGUGAAACGCUUUGUUAUUUCGUACCGCGCCAUCUUGGCUAUAAUCAUCCGAAACUCUUCAAGCCCACUGUACUUCGAGCUUUGCAUCCGAUAUUACCCGCUCGUACUCUGGCUCUUGCGGCUAAGGUCCGGUUGGAUCGUGAGACUAAGCGCAACCCAGGUGCCGAAUGCUACGCUCCAUUUCUAGGUGAAGAUUCAAGGCUUGGACCCGGCACUGCCACGUCGCAGGACGAAGAGAACAGCAAGGCAAUCAGAUACAAAAUUUGGUAUAGGAACGAUGCUGGUGAACCCAUAAAAGAAGACGAACAAUACAAACCAUGGCCCAAACUCAUGACCGCGGAAAAAAAGAGGAGUGGCACUGACUCGGUCUUGGACAUUAUCACCUAUGUCACCAUCAGACAGAUCGCCGUCAGCACUCCCGUGAGCAGUCAGUCCGGUGCUGCAGCCGCUGGAACGACAUCUAUCCCUUUGGGGAGAGAGGAACCAAACCAGUCCAGGGCAAAGACAAAGACCUCAAGAGCCAGAACCUGGAAAUAUCGUCGAUCGGCUCGAUAG